AUGAGAGAGAGGGAACUGGGAGGCUGCAGCAUGAGACAGAGGGAACUGGGAGGCUGCAGCAUGAGACAGAGGGAACUGGGAGGCAGCAGCAUGAGACAGAGGGAACUGGGAGGCUGCGGCAGACUCAUCACGGUGCAAGGGGAACAUAAGAUCAGGCAGGUGGAACGUGCACACAAUGAACCGGGGAUCGGACACCGGCAGACUUUGCUUCAGUUGAAUCCUCUUUUCGAGUGUACCAUGGUUAACACAUCCAGUCUGAACAGUAUCGUCAACACAUCAACGGGACCCUCGCCCUUCGAGAUCACAGCUUCAAAAUUAACAGGCGCCCUUCUCUUGCUCAUCAACUUUCUCUUUGGAUUGGCGGUGAACGCUCUUUAUUUAUGGGUCCUGAAAUUCAGGAUGAAACGGGGCAUAAACAAUGUUUGGCUUUCUCACCUCGUUUUUACCAAUCUGGUGUUUCUUCUUCUGCAGCCUUUCUUGGCGGUCUAUGUCCUGAUGGCACCUCAUUGGAUCUUCGGAAUGUUCUUGUGUAAAGUCUUUCACUGCAUGAUGUCCAUUUGCCUUUUUGCUUCGGUUUUCCUGAUGACCGCAGUCAGUCUUAAUCGUUAUUUACUGGUCUACUACCCGCACUGGUACAUAGGACACAUAAGACUUCACAACGUUUCUGCUGUUUGUUAUGGCUUGUGGGGUCUGGCCUUCCUCUGUAGCUUUCCGUAUCUUCUAUUUCGUGUCACUGAACAGACAGACAACAUCACCGUCUGCUACAAUGACUAUUCCCUCUCGGGUCAGUGGGAAGAUGCAGAAGACCAAGUCAAAUGGGGGAUGUUCUUCUUUAGAAUUUUUGUGAGCUUUCUGCUUCCGGCUGCCGUCAUCACGAUCUGUCACUUCAAAAUCCUCAUCAAGAUAAAGAAGGGCCAAAGGAGAAGCUCCACCAAACCUUACAAGGUCAUCUUCCUGGCUACGGCAACUUUCUUCAUCUGUUGUGCCCUGUACCAUAUAGCCUAUGGGAUGAGUCUGGAAAGAGGCAGAUUUAAGGAUGAAAUUCUUCUCACGCUGAAAAUUGUCAGCACGUGUGGCUUCAGCUGCCUUAGCCAGAUAUGUUACUUGCUCAUUGUGGACAAUCUUACCAAAGAGUUCAAAAAGAUUAUGCGUUCAUUUACUAUUUCAGCAUCCUAA